UCCGGUAGUUUUGCUGGCAGUUACUUGAGUUUUUGAGAAGUAGGAGUUGGUGUAUUUGUGGGACAGUUUAAGAGCAUUAGCAGGUUUGGCAAUGAAAAACCAGAAGCCACAAAGCAAAAAUGACAUUUUGGUGCAGACAAGCAACGAUGGAGCACUCUUGGGGCCUUCUCCUUUCAACAGUGAGGAAAAUCAUACAGUGCAAGAAAAUUCAGACAAUUCUUGCUCGCAGGAGGAGUUGCUUUCUGAAACAGAGUCCAAAAAUGAUGCCUGUGAUGUUGCAGAGGAGCUAAGUCGCAAACUGGAAGAUAUCCUCAACACCUAUUGCUCUGAGGGGAACCCAGAUGGUAUGAAUGAGGAAGUGAGUCAUGCUGAAGCCCUUGAGAAUGAUGAGUCAGACAGAUGUAAUUUCUCAAGGAAUGGAGAGCAUGAAAUUGAGAGUUUGGAUGCCAGUGGAGCAGCAGAUAAAGGCUACCCCAAAGCAGAGGGGUUUAGUGGCGAAACAAAGAUAAAUAAUGAUGUGAACGAUAAGUACCAGAAGAAGACACAGGAGAAGAAAAAGGCUAAAGGACUUGGUAAAGAGAUAACACUUCUGAUGCAGACUCUGAACACUCUAAGCACUCCAGAAGAAAAGCUUGCAGCUCUUUGUAAGAAAUAUGCUGAACUGUUGGAAGAGCACAGAAAUUCUCAGAAGCAGAUGAGAGUUCUUCAAAAGAAACAAACCCAGCUUAUUCAAGAAAAGGACCAUCUCCGAAAUGAGCACAGCAAAGCAAUACUCGCCCGUAGUAAACUUGAGAGCUUGUGCCGUGAACUCCAGAGGCACAAUCGCACUCUCAAGGAGGAGGGAGUGCAGAGAGCCAGAGAAGAGGAGGAAAAAAGGAAGGAAGUCACAUCACAUUUCCAGGUGACUCUCAAUGACAUUCAAGUGCAAAUGGAACAACACAAUGAGAGAAAUUCCAAACUUCGUCAGGAGAAUAUGGAGUUGGCUGAGAAGCUGAAAAAAUUAAUUGAACAGUAUGAGUUAAGGGAAGAGCACAUUGAUAAGGUGUUCAAGCAUAAAGAUUUGCAACAGCAGUUGGUGGAUGCUAAACUACAGCAAGCUCAAGAGCUGUUGAAAGAAUCUGAGGAACGCCAUCAGAGAGAGAAGGACUUUCUUCUAAAAGAAGCCGUUGAAUCACAAAGAAUGUGUGAACUAAUGAAGCAGCAGGAAGUCAAUCUAAAACAACAGCUGUCCUUAUAUACAGAAAAAUUUGAGGAAUUCCAAAGUACACUUUCCAAAAGUAAUGAGGUCUUCACUACAUUUAAGCAGGAAAUGGAGAAGAUGACUAAAAAGAUUAAAAAACUGGAAAAAGAGACAACUAUGUAUCGUUCAAGGUGGGAAAGCAGUAACAAAGCUCUUUUGGAAAUGGCUGAGGAGAAAACUGUCCGUGAUAAAGAACUUGAAAGCCUGCAGAUGAAGAUUUUGCGCCUAGAGAAACUGUGCCGAGCUCUUCAAACAGAGCGUAAUGAACUUAGUAAAAAGGUUCAGGGUACGAGCAAACCGGGAAGCCCUCAUAACUGUUCAUCUCUGCAGCUUGGCAGCAGUGGUUCUGUAGAUGGAUGUGGUGACUUUACAGAGACUUCAAACCAAGAAAAUGAUACUCCGUCCUUGACUUCAGAGCUUCCCUCUGCUUGUUCAUGUCAUUGUCCAAAAGGUCUGUCUGAGGACAUAGCAAAAAAUGUUCCAGAAUCUGAAGCCAAUAUCUCUUCUGCUGAAUUAUCAGAAUAGUUCACUAGGGUACUUGCUAUAGAUGCUUCUCCCAACCAAAAACUAUUAUGGCUUAUGCUGGACACCACUUAAUGUCCUCCGAAAUAUGGUUCAGCAAGAAUUUUGUUGCAGUCCUUUUUUUAUUUUAUUUUUAUAACUCUCCAUAAUGUACAGCAACAGUAACUAUGUUAAGUUAUA